AUGGCACGCACCGCAACCACUGCAGACCCCCGGGCCCAGGGCCCCAGCACCCCACCAUCCCCCUCGGCGAUGCAGCGGGUGUUGGCGAUCCCUGAGCUCCUCGAGGCUCUUCUCCUGGCCGUCGGCUCAUACACGUUGGCAGCGGCCAAGUUGGUGUGUCGAUUGUGGAGAGACCUCAUCGAGCUGUCGCCGCCGCUUCGAAAGAAAUAUCCCCCCAAACCGGCGCCCUAUAUCGGCCGGCUUCGGGGGCACCCUCGACGAGGCCUGCCUCCUCUGCCCCCUCUGCCUCAAGGUCUGCCUCGCCCCAGCCUGUCUCAGCAAGAGCAGCUUCAUCCAGGCCAGCCUCAGCCCAGCUGGUUCCGGUCCCGCCGCAAUGCCUUUUCCCCCUCUAAGUGGGCCCAAAAGUCUUUGGAGCGGUUCCGACGGCUGAUCCCAUUGAGACGCAAAUCCAAGCCGAGUGCCUUGCCUCCGACUACACUGGAGAAUCCCAACCACCCGGCUACGAAGGAGUUGAUGGAGAUUUUGAAACUGAAUGAUCGUGAUAGUCGUCUAGAAGUGGCUCCUUGGGAGGCUUACGAUGUGAAUAGUCCUGUGGAUCAUCAUCACUAUGAUGGGGAUGAUGAGGCGGUCAGUGAGGAUGGGUUUAAUGAGGAGGUGGUGGAUGAGGAGGUGUUGUAUGGCGUGAAUGCUUUUUAG